UGUCUGUCUGGGUUUCUCUGAGAAAAUCAUAGGAGUUGGAAACCAUGGAUGAUAGUUGCGCCGUUUGCGCGGAGAAUCUCGAAUGGGUUGGUUACGGAUCUUGUGGUCACAGAGAGGUUUGCUCUACUUGUGUCGUUCGUCUUCGUUUCAUACUCGAUGAUCGUCGAUGUUGUAUCUGCAAAACCGAAUGCCCCGUCGUCUUCGUCACAAAGGCUUUGGGUGAUUAUACAAAGACGAUUAGUGAUUUCUCCACUACUUUUCCAUCAGUAUUAAAGGAAGGUCGAGUAGGAUCUUUCUGGUAUCAUGAAGAAACCAAUGUUUUCUUUGAUGACUUGAACCAUUACACAAGGAUUAAGGCAAUGUGCAGACUCUCUUGCAAUUCGUGUAAAGAGACAAACAAGAGUCAUCCAAAGAAAGGGCCUAACCAUUGUUUGCGGUUUAAGAGCGUUGAACACUUGAAAGAUCAUUUAAGCCAUCAGCACAAACUGCAUAUGUGCAGUUUAUGUCUUGUAGGUCGUAAGGUUUUCAUUUGUGAACAAAAGUUGUUUACUAAGGCACAGCUGAACCAACAUAUAAGUAGUGGUGACUCGGAAGUGGAUGGAAGUGAGAGUGAAAGAGGAGGUUUCACUGGUCAUCCUAUGUGUGAGUUCUGUAAAAGACCAUUCUAUGGGGAUAAUGAGCUAUACACUCAUAUGUCUAGAGAGCACUACACUUGUCAUAUAUGCCAAAGGCUGAAGCCUGGACAAUAUGAAUAUUAUGGAAACUAUGAUGAUCUGGAGGUUCAUUUCAGAAGUGACCAUUUCCUAUGUGAAGACGAAACCUGCCUUGCUAAGAAGUUCAUAGUUUUCCAAAUCGAAGCUGAGUUAAAAAGGCAUAAUUCUAUUGAUCAUGGAGGUAGAAUGUCUCGGUCUCAACAAAGUGCAUCACUACAGAUACAAGCCAGUUUCCAAUACCAGAGCAGUCGUCGUGGAAGACGCCGAUCAUCUCUUCGUGAGCCUAAUCUUGCGGUUCUGGAAUCUCAAGCAUCUUAUGCCAUUAACGACGGUAAUAAUCUUCUUCAACAUGUGGGGCGCUAUGGAGGUUCACGUCUUGGAGAAUCUUCUUUUCCUCCACUCUCUGUGCCAGCAAACCAAGGCCAAUCAAGAUUUGGGCAUAACUCGGAGAGUUUACUUAGUAACACCACGACUACUCGUCUAAGACAUCAAACAAAUAGAAGUGCAACUUCUGGUUCUUCUCGAGCUUGGCCAGCCCUAAACCGAGGUCCGACAGAAACAUCAAUUACAAGCAGUGUACAAUCUUCUGGUGCUUCUGCUCAAUCUCAAUCUGGGCACCAUGGCAGAGUUGAAAUUACUAGAACUCUUGCUUCUGCAGUUCCACAGGAUGCUCGUAAUGAACAUACCACAGUUGGUGGAUGCUCAUCUGGUUCUUCUCUGAGUUCCGCGAAUACAUCAAAGAGGAAUAAUCAUCACUCGUCUUCAACCCCUAAAAUGUCUGAUACAAGAUCACUGGAGCAGCCUUCUCAUUCUGAUUCUCCUCCAAUUUCCGCUGUGAAAAAUCGCAGGUCAUCAUCCACCAGUGCAAGUGCAGCGAACAUCCAAGUAGCACAAGGUGUUUCUGAUGUACAGUCUGACAAUAAAAGUUUGGUUGAAAAAAUACAUGCCAGCCUUGGACACGAUGAAGAGUUAUUCAUGGCCUUCAAGAAUACAUCUGGAAAGUAUCGUCAUGGUUCCAUCGAUGCAAGAACUUACUUGGAAUAUGUGAAAGGUUAUGGUUUGUCUCACUUAGUUCUAGACAUGGCUAGACUCUGCCCUGACCCUCAGAGGCAGAAGGAACUCAUUGAUACCCACAAUGCCUGCUUGAAAGGAGGAAAUAAAGGGAAAGCUGUGAAGGUUGAAAGUAGCAGUGACUCCAAGGGGGAUAGAUUUGUUGAUACAGUGAGGAAGUUACAAUUCUCUGACAAAUCUCAGGACAAAGACAAAGACAAGGAUGCAUACCGUUCAGAUAAAGGCAAAACAAAAGUGACGACGUUGGUGAAUUCUUCAUCGGCUGGAGUGGGAUUAGGUGACACAGGCAAGCAACCUAAGAAAACUUCAAAGUUUCUCAGAACACGUCUAGGAGAGAAAUCAAUGGCUGCAGUACUAGAUCUUAAGAAUUCUAACCCAGAGCCUGAAGCAGAACCUAAGAACGAUAACUCCAAAAGGAGCCAGAACUCUCUCGGUGGAUUGCCACUUCGUGGUGCUUGGAGGAGAGGAAGUGCAAAACUCUUCCUCUAGUAAAAAGAUUUUGCACAGAUGAACCAAGUGUAAGGAUCAAAUAGUCAUAUUUAAGUGUUUGUGUCUUUUGAUGUAAUGACUAGCUUAAGUUAUCAGUUAUUUUAUGAGCAUGUGUGUUCGAUCCUUGUUGAUAUUAAACAAAAAAUCUCUCAUUAAGC